UUUUCGAAUAAAUAGUAACAUAAUGUUAAUAAGACACGUACCUGUGAUUUUUGUGAAAAAUAGAAUGAAAACGGGGACGAAAGGCUUUACCGCGGAGAUCUCGCGAUAUUUCAAGCCUCGUUGGCGGUAACGUUGCAAAACAAGUUUGGUAACAAGCGUGCUGAGGGAGAAGAAGCCUCGGACUCAAGAGCAGUUAUAGAACGCUCAUGUUAUGAGAAUUGUUCUUUGAAUAAAGUUAGUUUGCAGCAGCGGUGACGUAACCUUCUUUCUUGGUUCGGUGUUGCAUAACAGCCGAGCGCGUUCCAACAAGGAUGCCCGAGGGACCGGAGCUGCACCUGGCCAGUCUUUUUGUCAACAAAAUGUGCGAGGGCGUGCUGUUUGCUGGGCCGGUCACAAAGUCAGCGGUCAGCAAAAAUCCCGACGUCGACUUCGCCUGCGAGGAGUACCGCAUCAGCUGCGCUUCCAGAGGGAAGGAAGUGAAGCUCACGCUGUCUCCGAUAAAGUGUGAUGACACAAAGGGCCUAAAGACACAGCAGCCAAUGGACAUUGUCUUUCGCUUUGGCAUGUCGGGCUUUUUCCGCUUCACCGCGGAGGCCGAGCUGCCCAAGCAUGCCCAUCUGUGCUUUUAUACCAAAGAGAAGCCUCGGAGAGUGCUCAGCUAUGUGGACGCACGCAGGUUUGGCAGCUGGCAGCCGCACGGAAGCUGGCAGCCUCACAGAGGUCCCUGCAUCAUGUUUGAGUACAAAAGCUUCAGGGAGAAUGUGGUGUCUAAGCUGUCGGACCGCGCCUUCGACAGGCCCAUCUGUGAAGUCCUGCUCAACCAAAAGUACUUCAACGGCAUCGGCAACUAUCUCAGGGCUGAAAUCCUUUACAGGUUAAAUAUCCCGCCUUUCGUUCCUGCCCGCACUGUACUCGAAGGCCUAGAGUCAGAGGAUGCUUGCAAAGAGGAGAAGCCUGGGACGAUUGAGACCUUGAACAAAAAGACUGUGAAGACAGCUGAAAAGAUCACAGUGAAAAAUGAGAGCGUUGACCUACUAAGGCUGUGUCACACAGUUCCACUGGAGGUGGUCCAUUUAGGUGGGAAAGGCUACGAUCCGGAGAAGGCCGACUACUCUGACUUUGUGGCCUGGCUACAGUGUUACGAUGUGGAUGGAAUGAAGUCGAUACGAGAUCACAAUGGCAGGACUAUGUGGUUCAAAGGCGAUCCAGGUCCCAUGGCUCCUAAAGAUUCUAAAUCACCAAAGGUGAAAAAGAGAACAAAAAAGGACGAGGAUCAUGAUGAUAACAAGAAAAAGGGUGCUAGGACACAAUCUGAAAGCACAGGGAAGAAGAAAAGUGUCAAAAAGGAAAUCAAAACGGCCAAGAUACAAAAGGAUGUGCCCCUAAAAAAAGCCACACCCCGCAAAACUGUAAAGCACGAAUCACCUGCGCAAAGGAAAACGACAGACAAUAAAAAGCCAGCAGAAGAUCCUCAGAGGCGUAGCAGUAGACUGGCAAGACAAUAAGUCAAAACAAAAAGGAAGACAUCACUUUUGAAAUACUCCUUUUAUUCCUUUAUAUUUUAAUAAAAAAAUUUUAACAAAAGUUCA